GAGUCGGAAGUUUUUGACGACAAAAAUGGCUCCAAUGUUUUCUUUUUUUAUUAUAUUCCCCUCAAAUAUCAGCGGACCGUUGAUUCCGCCGCCACUGUAACCCUCUCUCUCUUUGGGUUCCUGUAACCACUCACCGGAUAGCAGGAACACUGAGUUCCAGUUGAGUUCAUCAAACUGAAUUGAGCUUGGAUUACAAUUCUGAUUCGUUUUUUCCCUCAAAACAUGAAGAAGAUGAUAGCUAUAGGCUUCGAGGGUUCGGCCAAUAAGAUUGCCGUUGGCGUUGUAACCCUAGAUGGUUCAAUCCUCUCAAACCCUAGGCACACCUAUGUUACUCCCCCGGGCCAAGGAUUCCUCCCCCGGGAAACCGCGCAGCACCACCUCCAACAUGUCCUUCCCCUCAUCAAAUCGGCCCUGAAAACCGCCCAAAUAACCCCUUCUGACAUUGACUGUAUUUGUUACACCAAAGGACCCGGCAUGGGCGCGCCGUUACAGGUCGCUGCUGUUGCUGUCCGGGUCCUUUCUCAGCUUUGGAAGAAGCCUAUUGUUGCUGUGAACCAUUGUGUCGCCCAUAUUGAAAUGGGAAGGAUUGUGACCGGAGCGGAUGACCCUGUUGUUUUGUAUGUCAGUGGUGGGAAUACGCAGGUGAUUGCUUAUAGUGAGGGGCGGUAUAGAAUUUUUGGUGAGACCAUUGAUAUUGCUGUUGGGAAUUGCUUGGACCGGUUUGCGAGGGUUCUGACUCUGUCAAAUGAUCCAAGCCCUGGGUACAACAUUGAGCAGCUUGCAAAGAAAGGAGAAAAGUUUAUAGACCUUCCUUAUGUUGUGAAAGGAAUGGAUGUUUCGUUUAGUGGGAUUCUGAGUUACAUUGAAGCCACUGCUGAGGAAAAGCUCAAGAAUGAUGAAUGCACCCCUGCAGAUUUGUGCUAUUCGCUGCAGGAAACUGUCUUUGCUAUGCUUGUGGAGAUUACUGAACGGGCAAUGGCCCAUUGCGACAAGAAAGAUGUUCUCAUUGUUGGUGGCGUGGGCUGCAAUGAACGGUUGCAAGAUAUGAUGAGAAUUAUGUGCUCCGAGAGGGGUGGGAAUUUGUUUGCAACUGAUGAAAGGUACUGUGUUGACAAUGGGGCGAUGAUCGCAUACACUGGUCUCCUCGCUUAUGCUAACGGGAUUUCGACUCCACUGGAAGAAUCAACCUUCACACAGCGGUUCAGAACUGAUGAAGUUCUGGCAGUCUGGAGAGACGAAAAGGAAUCUUCUAAUGGCCUCAGAGAGAAAAAUGUCUGAUUGUGUCCAUGCUUGGUGUAUUUGUGAGGAAUAUCCUGGACUAAUAGCUUGGUAAUUCUGUGAAGGUAUCUAGGCUCUUCACAAUCAUUUACAUUGAGGGUUUAGUAUGUUAUUUUUGUCGAAUUUACAUUAUUUACAUUAGUUGUUGGUAUCUUAUUGCAACCCCCCUUUAUUCGGGUUUUCAAACUGAUAGUAGAUGAAAAUUCAAAUGCAGUGUGUUGUUUAGUAUGA